AAAGGGUGGGGUUUAUUUCUCUACUGUGUGUCACAACCAGUCUACAGUGUAACUCACUCAGAAUUCUCCUACAUCCACAUCAGCUCUUUAAACAGCCGCCACAUUGCAUACAAUUGGCAGAGACGUGUCAGGAAGAGAACAAGACAAGUAGGCGGAGUCAUCAUGUCAGAAAGGAACCUAGAGCAGCUCUUCAUAAAACGUUCGCAACAGAAGAAAAAGACCUCACCUUUAAACUACAAGGAGAGAUUAUUUGUUCUCUCAGAUGAAAAGAUCUCCUACUAUGACUAUGACCCUGAGAAAGGGAAAAAGAAAAGUUUGAAAGGCUCCAUUGAACUCGAAAAGAUCAAAUGUGUGGAGACUGUAAUACCAGAGGACAACUCUCCACCUGAACGACUGUUUCCUUUCCAGAUCAUCUAUGAUGAAGGACCUCUCUACGUUUUUUCCAAGUCAGAUGACAUCCGAAAACUAUGGAUACGCAAAAUCAGGCAUGUUGUGAGGUUCAACAAGGACCUGAUGCAGAAGUACCACCCUCGCUUCUGGGAAGAUGGCGUAUGGAGAUGCUGUCAGCAGGCUGUGAAACAGGCUAUGGGCUGCCAGGUGCUAGAAACCAGGAAUGGAGGGUUCGCUAACAAAUCCCAUCGUAAAUCCCGAAAACCUCUCCCACCCACACCGGAGGAGGAGAAGCCCUCCAGACCGCUCCCCCCACAGCCCCCGCAGCCCCCCCCGCAACAGGGCCCGUGCCCAGGCAGCACCGUGAUAGCUGAGUACUCAUACCCACCCAUGGCGCCCCAAGACCUGGAGCUGAGGAAGGACGAGGAGUACACCAUCCUGGAAAUGAGCGAUGCCAACUGGUGGAAGGCCAGGGAUAAAUACGGGAAGGAAGGGUAUAUUCCAGCUAAUUAUGUCACAGAGGCAACGAGCGGACUGGAGAAGUUUGACUGGUACUGCAAGAAUAUGAAUAGAAGCCAGGCAGAACAUUUAAUGAAGACAGAGAACAAAGAUGGUGGAUUCUUAGUACGAGACUCCAGCAAAGCUGGGAAGUACACAGUGUCUGUGUUCUCAAAAGCCGGGGGGGAGACUGUUGGCAUGUGUAAACACUACAAUAUUUGCACCACUUCGCAAGGCCAGUUCUAUCUGGCGCAGUCGCACAAUUUCAGCUCAAUCCCGGACCUCAUCAACUACCAUCAGCACAACUCAGCAGGUUUAGUAAGUAGGCUGAAGCAUUUUGUGUCCAACCGAGUGGAGAGUGCACCGUCCCCUUUUGGCCUUGGGUAUGGUGUUUGGGAGAUUGACCCUACUCACCUCACCUUUAUAAAGGAACUUGGCUGUGGGCAGUUUGGGGUGGUUAAGUACGGGAAGUGGCAGGGACAGCACGAUGUAGCCAUUAAAAUGAUCAAAGAGGGAUCAAUGUCCGAGGAUGACUUCAUUGAGGAGGCCAAAGUCAUGAUGAAGCUCCGUCACCAAAACCUGGUUCAACUGUAUGGUGUUUGCACCACACAAAGACCCAUUUACAUUGUCACGGAGUUCCUCUCAAACGGAUGUUUGCUGACUUAUCUUCGGGAAACCCUGAAAGGUCCUACCCCUAUUCACCUCUUAGAGAUGUGCAAGGAUGUGACUGAAGGAAUGGCUUAUCUGGAGUCUCAACAGUUCAUCCACAGAGAUCUCGCUGCAAGGAACUGUUUGGUAGCUGCCAAUGGAGACAUCAAAGUGACUGACUUUGGUCUGUCAAGGUAUGUGCUGGACGAUGAGUAUACUAGUUCUGCGGGAACAAAGUUCCCAGUGCGUUGGUCUCCUCCUGAAGUUCUGCUGUACUGCAAGUUCAGUAGCAAGUCUGAUAUCUGGGCAUAUGGUGUCCUAAUGUGGGAGAUAUACACUUUGGGGAAAAUGCCUUACGAAAGGUUGAAUAACUCAGAAAUAGUUGACAAGGUGUCAACUGGUCUGCGCCUCUAUCGCCCCCAACUGGCCAACGAGAGAGUCUACUCAAUCAUGAGCACUUGCUGGCGAGAGAAAGCAGAAGAACGACCAACCUUCGAAGAGCUAGCGUCAAAUGUCCAAGACUUGCUGUAUGAGAUGCAGUAGAGGACUAUAUGGCAGUAAGAUAUGGCUAUUCCAGUCUUCUUUCCCCCCCACUGAAGAAGAAGUGGCACUGAGGAAAUCCCACACAUGAACAUUGUGAGGAUGAGGGUUGGCUUCACAAAAUCAGAGAGUCUACUGUGAAGAACUAAGCAAGAUGUACAGACAAACGUUCACCCUCAAUGUUCUUCUGGGAACCCAAAUACUGUGAAUAACUGAAUGUGUGUUUACCGGGAAUGUGGUUUUAUCACCAAUCUAUAUUUUUGACAAUAUGGUCAUUAAUUGCAAUAGUUUAUUAUUUUUUAAUGUAAAUGUAUGAUAUUAUUAUUAGUAUGGUAUCAUUACUGUCAUGGGGGUUGUGAUUUAUUUGUUUGUCAUUCCUGAGAUUUAAUAAAUAGUCAUUA